AUGACGCAGCGGAGAGUCCGGGUGUCCACCGAGAGUCCCAGCUACGCCGUCUGUGUGGUGGGCACAGAGGUCUCUAUAGACAUCUAUGGAUCCAUCCCAAGUGGUGCCACGUCAUUUGAUGCCCGUGGCACCUCUGGAGUGAGGGUCUAUGUUGUCUACAACCAUAGUGAUGUGAAGAAACCUGCUGGUGCAUCGAGAUGGACCCUCAAUUCUCAGGUGGAGGUCAUAGUGUCCAUGGACAUCCCAAGCAGUACUGUCAAUGAUAGCAAGGUUAGGAUUUCGUACUAUGGACAGAAAGAGAAUGCACCUAUAGAGGGGGCUUGGUUGUACCUCACCUGUGUCAAUGUCUCUCUGGAUGCCGACACGGACCGCAGCGGGAUGGUGAAGAGCAAUGGAACCAACAAGACGAAAUGGAUGUGGGGCCCUGACGGGCAGGGAGCCGUGCUGCUAGUGAACUGCGACAGGGACAGCCCGGGCGCCAAGCAUAUGGACAGUGCUUACCAGUAUGUGCAGUCCUACGCAGAUCUUCAAGACAUGUCACUUAUGAUCCUGAGGAUCCAAGGACCCAGUGCCAUCUUUGCUGACUACAAGUUGGUUCUUCAUGUUUCUGUGUCCGAUGUGGAUAAAGUGAGAGUUUUCCAUGCCAGUGGUGACGGCUCACUCGCCCAGUACGAGCAUGUGCUGGGGUCGGAUAAACUCUCCUACGUAGUGGAUCGUCCCAGUGGACAAGAAGAGGAAACCUUCUACGUCGAGGGAUUAGCCUUCCCGGACGCUGACUUCUCAGGGCUGGUUUCCUUCAGCGUCACCCUGUUAGAGGUCUCCGAUAAGAACGCGCCAGACACCCCGAUUUUCACAGACACCGUGGUCUUCCGGGUGGCCCCAUGGAUAAUGACGCCCAACACCCUGCAGCCUUUGGAGGUUUUUGUCUGCAGCAUGGAAAGAGACUCAAACCCUAAUGGGGACUUUUUGGAGGCUCUGAGAGCCCUGGUGAGGAAAGCCAACUGCAAGCUGACCGUCUGCCCUGAGGUCGAAAACCGACACGACCGCUGGAUCCAGGACGAGAUGGAGUUUGGCUACGUGGAGGCUCCCCACAAGAUGUUCCCCGUGGUCUUCGACUCCUCCCGGGACAGAGGCCUGAAGGAUUUUGCUUUUAGAAGGAUUCUGGGCCCUGAUUUUGGCUACGUGACCCGAGUACCUCCUUACGGACACGUCUCCAGCCUCGACUCCUUUGGAAAUCUGGAUGUCAGCCCUCCGGUGACGGUCCAAGGGAAGACGUACCCGCUGGGAAGGAUCCUCAUUGGAAGCAGCUUGCCCAGGUCGGGCGGCCGGAGGAUGACAAGGGCCGUCAGGGACUUUCUCUAUGCCCAGAAGGUGCAGCCCCCCGUGGAGCUCUACUCUGACUGGCUGAGUGUGGGUCACGUCGAUGAAUUCCUGAGCUUUGUCCCGGCCCCCGAUAGGAAGGGUUUCCGGCUGCUCUUGGCCAGCCCCGAUGCCUGCUACAAGCUGUUCAAGGAGAAACAAAGAGCGGGGAACGGCAACGCGGCCCAGUUUGCUGGGCUGGAGAAUGUGAAGACCAUAACAAUAGACGAGAUGCUGGCUGAUAAGACCCUGAGGAGUGACAGUGAAUACGUGCAGAGCUGCAUUGACUGGAAUCGACAUGCCCUCAAGGAGGAGCUGGGACUGACUGAGCAAGACAUCAUUGACAUCCCUCAGCUGUUCGUGUUGAACAGUUCUCGAGCGGACGCUUUCUUCCCAGACAUGGUGAACAUGAUCGUCUUGGGGAAACACCUGGGCAUCCCGAAGCCGUUUGGGCCAAUGGUCGAUGGACAGUGCUGCCUGGAAGAGAACGUUCGCUCCCUGCUGGAGCCGCUGGGCCUGACCUGCACCUUCAUCAAUGACUUUUUCUCCUACCACACCCUCUUCGGGGAGAUCCAUUGUGGCACCAACGUCCGCAGGAAACCCUUCUCCUUCAAGUGGUGGAACAUGAUCCCCUGAGCAGAGGAGGUGAAGCCCCAACCCGCUGCUCAGCACUAACGAAGGAACAUGGGACCAAGUUGAUGCUAACAAACUCUGGAUAAGGGCUCCUGGAAUCUGGCAAUCUAAGAAGUUUUGUAAAUAAAGAGAACACCAUCCAAGGAAGCCCUAGACCCUAAGUUGGAAGCCCUAGACCCUAAGCUAGAAGCUCUAUCUAGCAUGCCAUUCCUUCAUUCCUCUAACACACGUUCCUGCCACUGCAAUUAGAGCUCAGGUGCUCUUUAGAGGUGCAUGCUAAUCACAGCUACACAUACAUAGCGGUACAUAAUGCACAGCUGCACGGCUCCAUUAUUCCUCUGCAUUUUAAUAUCCACCACAAACUCACCACCUACAGCGGAUCCUGCUUCAGAGCUUGGUGUUUUAGCCAUAAGCCUGGUCUCCUCUCCCCCACCACAAUGCCUACCCCUGUAUCAGUUUCAAAACCUACUAAUGUUCCAGUAUUAUGGUCAUCUAUUAGGGAGGCCGAACUAGGGAGCCAGGUCUCUUAUUCCCAGCUCUGCAAGUGACCUGCUGUUUGAUCAUGGGCAAGUCACUUCCCCUCUCUGUGCCCAUCUGUAAAAUACUUCCCCUCCUUCAUAUGGGGCUUUGAGAUCCAGGGCUGAAAACCCCAAUGGUCAUGCAAAAUAUUAUUUUUAAACUAUAUAUCUGGAUAGCCAAGGAGGAAACGUCUUUCCCCCUAACUUCCCUGGCAGGGCAGUGAUUUUUAACUGUCAUCAAAUCUCAUUAAGAGUUUGCACUGCUUCUGGCAUGGUGUUGCAGAAAGGCUGCUUAGGGCAACACAGUACAUGACCGUGCAGUCAGAAUGUGGGCAUUUCAACCAGCGUCCAGGGCUUUCUCCACAUGUCUCCUGUUUCCCAUGUAUUCUUCCGUGUUGAAUUUUGGAUGUUGUAAAUUGUUGGUAAGAGCUAAUUUAUUAAUUAC